AUGGCUCUCCUUUCCUCCAAGACCUUGAUCCAGGCACAUGCCCUGUUCCUGUUUGUGCUGGCCGUGUACCUGACCAGGUCGCCAGAGGUCGUGACCGAGUCUGACCUCGUCUUCAUGCUUGGGGAAUUCUUGAAUUUGGAGGCGACCCCUAGUAUCUCCCGACCUCAAUCCCCUUUCGCCCUAUGUGGUGUCCUCCUCGUCGUCGAUGCCCUGGUCGAUCUUAUCCUUGUGACCAAGGUCCCGCAGAUUAACGAGAUCCUGGCCAUGGCCCAAGCCGCCAGAGUGCAAUCCCCUAUACCGGUGGCAGGGGCUGUGCGCACCAACCCUUUCAUGGCGCGCUUGGCCUCGCUCUACACGGAGAUCUGGACCCUCCUUUCCGCCUCUCGUUUCUGUAUCUUCUUUGCCGUUUCCUUCUUCAUCUACCAGAGUCAACCAUCGGCGUGGGGGAUGGAUACCGCUACAGUUAUGGGAAACUACGGCACAGCCGGUGCCGCUACGUCGGGUCUGGAUCAACUGAAAAAUAGGGUGGUGUUCACAUAUGGCUUUAUGGAAAUGAUGUUUUGGUUAUGGGUAAAUUUCCCCUCCCCACGCUUGCUCCCCCAGAGAAAAUCUGAUUCUCCUAACCCUUAG